GUUGCCACGUGUUUGGUGUAUUCGGAUAAACAGGAUUUGUUAUGCUUGUAGAAUGCUCGAGAUUCUUAUUGUUCCUGCUCGCUUCUCCUCUUGUUUGGGCCCUCAUUUUAGAAUCCAGGGUGUUAAAGCAGAAAAGGAAAAUCUGUUUUUAUUUUGUGCAGGAGCCAUAAAUGGCGUUUCUGGUGAUUGUUGUUUCACUAAUUGUAGUAUGGAUAGCUUCAUUGUGCAAGAUUCUCCAUAGUGGAAGUUCAUACUCGAAGAACACUUUUCUGAGCGAAGUAUCAGGCGGUGCACCAAACAGGCGAAAUGUUCUGCUUGUUAUUGCUCACCCUGAUGAUGAGUCCAUGUUCUUCUCUCCGACAAUAAACUAUCUGAUUUCGAGGGGACACAAUGUAUACUUGCUGUGCUUGUCGAUAGGCAAUGCAGAUGGGAUGGGAAACACUAGGAAGGAUGAGCUUUACCAAGCUUGUUUAGUUCUGAAGGUACAACCUCAGCAAGUGAAGAUAUUGGACCAUCCAGAUUUGCAGGAUGGAUUUGGACUGGUUUGGGACCGUGGCUUGUUGUCGAAAACCAUCAAAGAGGAGGUGUCUACUCACCAUAUCGACACAGUCAUUACCUUUGACAAUUAUGGGGUAUCAGGCCACUGUAAUCACCGCGACGUGCAUUAUGGCGUACGCAAGCUGUUGGAAGAUGCCUCAGAAAGACGUAUAGAGGCCUGGGAACUCGUCAGUAACAACAUGUUACGCAAGUAUAUCGGACCAGUUGAUAUUUGGCUGUCCAUGUUGCUCGCUUCGAAAGCCAGCAGCGGGGUGGCUUACUGUUUGUUGAAUGAGCAACCAUUGAAGAGCUUCAGUGCAAUGGCGGCACAUUCAAGCCAAUGGGUCUGGUUUCGAAAGCUCUUCGUGUCGUUCUCCAGCUACACUUACGUCAACACCCUUCGAAGGAUCAACUGCUAGUCGUCCAUAAUAGCCGAAAGGCGAAAUGAACGACUGUUUGUUUGGGCUGGGUGGGCUGUUUGUUUGGACUCUCCGUAGAUUUGGGCCGGACCUUAUGAGGCUUUAUAUUAAUCUGGGCGUCCUUUUGGGAUUGUGGUUGUAGAAUUGAGCUCUCGGCCCAUAUAGUGUUAGGCCCACGGUGAAAUGGUUUUGUCUGGAGAAUUAUAUGGGCCCCUCCCUGUUUCUUGUCGUUAAUGGAUACAAAGUUCCACGAGGAUUAGAUUAAGAAGAGAGAUUAGCUAUCCAAAUUCGUUACGUUUUAUUGGUUUGGAUUUUAAGUAAAGGAUUAAUCAAUCUGAGUGCGUUGGAAAACGAAGAUCCUCGAAUUCUUCUAAGGUGGGUUUGGCGAUAACGAGUUUGAGAUUAGGUAAUUUAGAAGGGUGAGAAGAUGCCAUACAAGGAAAAAGAGAGGAAGGAGAUGGAGGGAAUUCGUUGGAUGGUUUGGAUGAGAUAAUUUGGCAUAAUUGUUUUAAAUGAAGUAAUUGGAUUAUAUUGUCUUGUUUGACAUUUGCAAUACAAUGGAGACAGAACAAUUUAAAUUUUCUCGUUUUGUGUCGAUUGGGAUUGAUUAGGGAUAGUCACAGUACCGUGAAAUUAUGUAUUUUUUUGUAAGAUUAAACAAUUGUUAGGCAAUUGGGUCAAUUUUCCAUCCUAGGCACUUCCUUGUCUGUCCUAAGCUGAAGACUUAAAAUAUCUUUGAUACAUAUUAUCACGUUUGAUUAACUAUCGCCAAGUAGAAUUCUGAUUGAGAUUAUCAUCAGCUGAAUGAGUUUAUUGUCCUUAUCAGAUAUAUUACAUUGUGAGAACACACUUAUGCAGAAAUCUUAUAUUAUCCCCUUACAACUCCUAAUAUAAAAUACUUUUCUAUUAAAAAUGUAUUAUUAUUAUUUGGAAAUCACCAUAAAUCUUAUAUAAUUUUUUUACAAAAAAAAAUAGUUUUAGUUUACUAGCUUCAUGGAUGGCUUCCUUUUAGAGGUGGCAAUUGGAUUAGAUUCGUGGAUUGGAUUGGUAAAUCCAUGGAUCAAAAGGAUUGGAUCCAAUGGAUUGGUGGAUUCAUGGAUUGGAUCAAAUGGAUUGGUGGAUUGAUUCAUGAAUCCAAAUGACAUCAAAGGGUUGGACCAAAAUGUAAAAUUUGAAAGUUUUGGUACUAAAAUGUCAUAAUGAAAAAUUUUAGGUAUC